AAGGAAAAUAUAAUCUGGAAAAAGUCUUAAACUUGCAAGUGAAAAGCAAAUAAAGUUUUGUGUACUAAAAGCAUUAAUGACUAGACCUUGAAAAAUGCAGAGCAGACUUUCAAGAGAGCUCAGCUCCCUUUUAAGCAUCGUAACUGGGGGCCAGGUUUUUCAGCACGUGGCCACUGAAUCACAAUGGGAACUGCUAGGUCCUGAACACUUGAAAAUCUGUCUCCAAUUGUGUUAGUGGGACACUUGGAAAUCUGGCCCUGUGUAUCUGCAAAGCUUAUCUAUUAUUGAUUUGAGGAAAGGUUUUGAAUUCUAAAAUACACGAAAUAAACUGUGCAAGUCCUUUCCUAUGUAUUAUUUUGCUUAAUAAAUCAUUUUAACAGCUUGAUUAGUUGUAUCAGCAGGAGUCAUGUGUUAAUCCUUCCUGCUGAGAUGUUACAUUAGGACAGAAAAUUGCUCUUUUCCCAAAGUAACUAAAUCCUCCUUAAUACUUCAAUCUUUAUCAAAUUACUUUUUAAUCCAUUAAUCAGAACGGGGAUAGGAAGACUGUGAAUGGGCUACUAAAUACAGUGGAGUGGAUAUUUCACCACUUAAACGUAAAAUGGAGUGCCUGGGAGCAAACAGCUGGAUAAAAGUUCAGAUUUCUGCAGCUAUGUUUGAGUUUCACCCCUCUUUAUAGGCAGCUAUCAGCAUAUUUAUAGUUUGCAAUGCCUUUCAGCUCCAAAAGGUGUAACGGUCACUGCUUAAAGGCAUCAAUGUUGUUAUUGCAGUAGUACCUAGGAGUCCCAAGUCAUGGACUAGCACUCGCAUAGGGGAAAGUGUUGUGGAAACACAGAACAAAAAGACGACUCAUGCCCCAAUCUAAGUAAUAAUUGUCUACUGUAUCAGCUAAGUUAUACUUUGAACUUUAGAGCAGCAAGAAUCUCAAAGCACUUAAAACUAUUGACCACAUUUGCAAAAGGGUCAGAUUUUCAAAGUAUCUCCGCACCCAGGGGCACUCAAAUGUACUGAGCACUUCUGCAAAUCUGGCUGCUUGUUUUGGUGCCUAAAUGGAAACAGCCCUUUGUAAAAUGUGGCCCCUGAGGUCUGAUGCUUGGCGUUUAACAAACUCGUACAUGUAAACAGUCGCACGCAGUCCUGGCAACUCAACAACUCAACUCCGAACUUACCCAGGAUGUACUUUCUAUUUAAAAUAAUUAAGAGCCAUUGAAAAGAAAAGAGGAUUUUUCCCUAGGGAACCUCUGAUUUAUGUCUUCUUAAAAUAAAGACUGCUUAUGGCUCUUAAUGACAACACUCAGCUGACUUUAAUAGCUACACCUGGGGGGUCUUUCAAUUACUUGCUUCACUUCUGGUACGAUUUAGCAAAUGUAAGAACAAAAUUGCAGUCCACAUGAGACAAUUAAAUUGUCACCUGCAGGGAAAGCUUCAGUAUUAGGAGGGUUGGGAAGAUGUGUAUAUAAAAAGCAAGCUGACAAGUACAUCAUGUAGGAUAUUUUCUGAAGAAGCAGAGCUGGGAUUAUUCAUUCAGCAGCGCCUCUCAUCAAGCAGGUAAUGUACUUGAACCAGACCAUGCAUUACAUUUUGCACGCUCAGUGUCUAGAGAUACUCGAUUGUGAAAGACUGCAGAGCAUUGUUCAAGGACUAAGGUACUAGAACAGAAACUGAUUAAACUGAAUGGAUCAGUUGUGUGGGCCUGCACCAAAACCUUGGGAUCUAGAUGCUCCCAAAACUCUGGGGAGGCAUUCGAAUUUUGCAGGUGGCCAUUCUUUAUAAUGGGCUAACCCUAAAUCCUGGAAUUGAACACAUCCAGACUUUUUAGAAUUCGCUUGAGCUACAGCUGAAUUUAAGAUGCAUUCCAGAAAUACAAACACAGUCAUGAUUUUGUAGUAACAGAAUUGAGCAUAAGCUGAAUGUAAUAAACUGAUUAUUGAAUAAUCAGGUGUGGGGUGCAGGGAGGAAUUUGUGACCAAUGGAUUCUCAGCAGCUUUUUGCAAGUCUAAGUGAAAUUUGUCUUUUUAUUAGAGUACCCACCAUAUUUCUUCAGUCUCUGUACUAUUUUUGCUUUAUAUUUUGCUUUCCGGUAGAAUGGAGAAGACCAGGAAGCUCUUUGUAAGGUUCCUCAUAUUUAUUCUGUCUGUGGAGAUUUGCUUGGCGCAACACUGGUCUUAUGGCCUGCAACCGGGAGGAAAGCGGGAUGCUGAAAAUCUGGUAGAAUCAUUCCAGGAGAUUGCUAGUGAAAUGGAAAAAAUAGGUGAACUGCAGCAUUUUGAAUGCACUGGCCCACAUCAGCGCUCCGUGCUUGGUGGUCUGAAGGGAGCUCUGGCAAGUCUGAUUGAAGGAGACGCGGGGCGAAAGAAGAUCUGAAUGCAUGAAGGCAAAUGGAACAAAGGAGCUGUUACUGUAACGUUUCAAAGUAAUGAUUUAGCUCUAAGGUCUGACCUCUGUUUGGAUUACAGUGUCAUGUGCAUAAAUGUUCAAAUGCAAAAACCAUAUAGAGAUGUUGGAAAUAUGUUUUUGGGAAGCGUUUUAGCUCUUGGAUAAGAUAAAUGACCGCUUGGGGCAAUGCACUGGGAUUCAAGAGACUUGGGUUCUACUUGCCACUGAUCUGUUGUGUGACUUUUCAUGUGUACAAACAGUGUCCACCAAAAUGGGCUCGUAAUGUUUGUUGGGGCCUCUGGACAUUAGUAUAAUACAUGUAAGUUACCUACUAUUAAAUAACACAAUUUCACUUACAUUUCAAUAGUCCAUGCAUGGAAGACAUUCAGGUUUUUUUUCCUGGUUCGC